AUGGUGUUUCAAGCUCUCUUGCGGUUCAUGUGGCAUGAGUUGAUGCUAACGUUCGCCGGGGUGGAGUUGCAGGCGACUACCUCAACGAAUCAUCAUACCGUAACAACUACUAAGCAAUACACUGGGCACGUCGUGGAAGUUCACGUCGAGACCACGGACCCCUGCCUACAAGGCUGCGGUGUCACAUACGCAUCCACUGAGCUUUUCAAGCCUGAGACGACCAGUGUCUGCGACGCCUACGGCAGAGAAAUUGGUUGCAAGAUAGGCCUCCAUGCUGCGGGCAAUGCGGCCUUCUAG